CGGUCCGUUAGCCGCCCGCACUGCGCACCUCGCCGUCCCGGCCAUUGGUCGGAGGCCUGCAAGAGCCGGGGUGACUCUCGGAUCUAUGCCCUGGGGGAGCGGCAACACCAGAUUCAUGGCCACCGCGGCGGCUCCGUCUUCCUUGGCCCUCAGCGCCUCCAGCACGGCCGGGGCCUCCAGCUCAUAUGGAGUCUUCUGCAAAGGGCUCUCCCGCACCCUGCUCGCCUUCUUCGAGCUGGCCUGGCAGCUGCGCAUGAACUUCCCGUAUUUCUACGUCGCGGGCUCGGUGAUCCUCAACAUCCGCUUGCAGGUACAUAUUUAGUGCCAUGAUUACGCUGCCUACAUCCCGGCCAGGACAUGGCGGACUCCCAGGAGGCCUGGCGGCGGUGAAGAAAAUUUGUAAGCACGGAGCUCCGGAAUCUCGCGAGAGGUCGUGAGCGCUCUGUGCGGUUGCACUCUCGGUUCCUACCGGAGCUUCCAGGGCCGGGGCGGAAAGCGGGUCGAGGCUAGAGAAAGGAAAUACGCGAUUUUCCGGGGACAGCAAAGAACCUCAGUUAAGGCCUACGACAAUAUUUAAGAUGCUUUGCAGCCUUAAGAACAGGACGAACAUGAUGCCGGGUAAAGAAAAGGGCGGCUACUAAAGUUUUCAGAAAAAAAAAUUUUUCAUGUACAAGCUCACGGUCCAAGUUAAAACAAAUUUCGGGAAGAUGGGAUUGGACUGGAACCAAAACAUUGAAUGAAUAAGAAGCUGAAGAUCUUAAAGAGAUACGUGGAAGGCAAAUAUAUUUCUUCAACAAGAGAAAACAAUGACAGUCUGAAAUUCUCAGUGAAAAUAACCACAAGUGUACAGGAAAAACAUCCUUCUAAUACCAAACAACGAAAAAUGCUGCUGGAUUUUGAACAGGGUUGGGGUUUUAGAAAGUGGACCCUCUUGCAGUGUCCGUGUAGUUCAAGACCUUGGAACCAAAGAAAAGAGUCCAGUCAUAGCACUAACCGUGGUUAUUUUGUGAAUAACACUUCAGUAAUCAUAAUAAUUAAUGUAAAUGCUGUUUAUGGUUUUUAUCUUUUGAGAGAAUACUUAAUUAUGGUUACAAAGUAGAAUGCAAAUGUUAACAGCUUUGAUAAUGGAAAAGUACAGUUUUCAAGUAGGGUUGUUGAAGGGGGAGGGGAAAGUAUAUGGAAUGGUAAUGAUGUCCUUAUAAAGUGGGAAGUUAAGAGAUACAGUCUUGUUGAUGUGGAGAAGAAGCAUUUGAUUAUUUAAAGGGUAAAGGGCACAAAGAGUAUGCCAUAAAGUUGCUAAAAUCGUAAUAUAACUAUAUUUAAGAGGGAGGAGAGUAGGGGAGAACAGCUUGAAUUCAGUAAGAAAUGACUAAAGAUAGGUAGAAUGUCUCAAAAAGAAAAACUGAGAAUACCGGAUGUGUUUGAAUAUAAAGACAAGAGAUACUUAGUUUUUCAGAGUCUGGGGAUGGAUUAGUGAUCUGCAGAGUUUUUAAAAAUUAAGGAAACAAACGUGCCUGGGUGGCUCAGUCGGUUGAGCAUCUGACUUCGGCU